UUGUACAAUAGGGUAAAGGUCAAUCAAGAGUCAGCAUUCACAUUUGUAAACAGAUUUGGAAUGCCUGAAACUUGAGCGAUCCAAUAUGAUAUAGGUGGCUAAAGUACAAUAUGUAACAGUGGACGUUUUUUACAUUCUUAAUUAGGCUCUAUGGAGGAUUGUCACGGAAGGUAGGUGGGACGUACAGACUAGGCAGGUGUGACAAUUAUAAGCGAUGCAGUGAUGGAAACUUACGUGGCUGUCAAACCUGAAGUUUAAUUAAAUGUCGUCUACAUUCAUUAGAUAGGGUGUUGACACUUUAAUACACACAUGUGCAACAGGAAACUAUUUUGUCCGAUCAUAAUAGUCUAUACAAAACCUUGCUCCAUUGUGUGUAAUGUACAUUUGUACAAACUGAUCGUCAAACCAAAAACUUUGGCCAAGGGAGCUAGGCAUGAUUUUCGUCUGCUGAAUCUAUUAUAUCUGGGAUUGAGAAACCGUUGAUUCUAAUUAUGUAUACUGAAAAGGUGCUGAGAUCAUGACGUUUAGAGGUUUUUGAUUUGUGGGACUGCGAUGCGAAAUGUUUAUACUUAUUUCAAUGGAUACGGAACUUAAUAAGUUAUUCUUAUGGACAGCAAUUCUUAUUUUGGGAUGCUCUGCAGAAGAUGGAGAGUCCUUGCGAAAGGAAAUGGUGAACAACGGGAUGACGGGUAUCGAAUACACAACCCUUUGGGACGACAAUAGUGUACUCGGCAGACCAAAGAGUGAAGAAAUAUCAGAUCAUCUUAUGAAUCCAAUAAAGAUGACGUUUGAGUAUUCCGGGGAGAAGUUUAGCUUGGAACUCAGUCCACCCGAACCAAUUCUGCACUCUUCUGCCGAGAUCCUAACAUUUACCAGUGGUUCGCCCCUUCCGUGGACAGGUGCGCACCCAGACUGCUUUCUUACCGGAAGUGUGACGUCGCAUCAAGGCAAAGCCUGUUUAUCUUUGUGUGAUGGUGUUUUCGGAAUCAUCAGAACUGCGGAGCAAACCUUACAUUUACAAUCCUUACCUGGAACAUCUAAUACACAUCCCAUCCCCGUCUUGGUAGCUCGACAGAAAGACAAAAGCACAUGCUCGAAUCCCACCGAAAACUUAACUGGAAAUAAUUUAAAUGUAAGAAACAAACGAUCUGUGCCGUCACGCAACAUAACCAUAGAGUUAGCUGUAUUCACGGACGCUGCUUACACCCGGUCCAUGCUGGUGACAGACUACUCCAAACGAUUGCAACACAUACUGAUGAAAUACCACGCGGUUCAGAUGGAGUGGUCGAGAUCCGAUAUGCUUGGAUACAACGUUAAACUAGUUUUGAAGAAAGUUCAUUUUUACGAAACGGAGCCUUCUUGGUAUAUUUCGAGCAGAACACUUCUUGGAGAUGUCAUGUCGGAUUUCUGUAAAUCUACAACAAAUGAAGGGACGUAUGACAUAAGAUAUAUGCAUGUGGGAUUGCCAAACCUUGAUGUCCUGGGCCGCGCCUAUCAGAGCUCCGUGUGUAACCAGCGGUACAACUGCGCAGUAGACACGUCUACAUAUGCCGCCAGUUUUGUCGCCACGGCACACGAGAUUGGACAUCUUAUGGGAAUGCCACAUGACGCAGAUCUUGGUUGUACCGGAAGUGACGUGGGUGUGAUGGGCGGGUACGGUGCAGGGUGGAGCAGCUGUAGUAAGACCGCCUUGAACACGCUUCUGGAGUCUGGAAACCAAGCCUGCCUGUGGGAAGAAAAUAUUCCUUCUAAAGAUGUACCACAGAACCUAAUAGACAUUACUCUUAAACCCGAGAUCCCUGGACAGGCGUAUUCACCAGAUGAGAUAUGUGGGCUUAGAUAUGGUGCUGGAUACCGCUUCCGAAAGUAUCCAAAACUUGGUGUAUGCGUUUAUUAUACCUGUGCCAAUCAUAACCGAGAUCAAAGCAACUAUGGACAAAUGUUCAGAGAAAGUUUAUCUAUAUAUGGCAUGUACUGUGAUACACAGAAAGUUUGUUUUAAAUUGGACUGUGUUGCUCCUGCAACUGCCAAGCUGGACAGCCUGGUAGAACGGCAGGGAGGGUGGAGCCAGUGGGGGGCCUGGACGGGAUGUACCAGAACGUGUGGACGUGGGAUAAACUCCAGAAGCCGGAAGUGUGACAACCCAACGCCCAUAAGUUUAGAGGGGUGUCCAGGAGAUGAAUAUGAAGCUGAGCCAUGUAACAAAGAGCCAUGUGCAAGUGACAGUUCAGAUCAAACGACCCUGCAAAACCAGCGUGCUGGAGAGACAUGCAAAAAGCUCAGGGAUGCGAAUGUGAUCAACCCUGAUAACUUAAAAGAGACAGGGUCAAGAUACUCGUCUACAGCUCAUGGUCAGUGUGAAGUAACCUGUGAUCCCGUUUCUGGGUACACUAUCCCAACAUUCACCAGGUUUGGAUUCAUGCCGGAUGGAGUCAGUUGUGUGGGCGGAUCCAACACUUGGGACUUGAAUAACUGGCCUCGGAAAUCUGGGUCGUAUUACAUGUGCCUAGACGGUCUCUGUCAGAGAUUUGGCUGUGAUAACCAAUAUAAUGGAAAAGUUUUCGAUGAAUGCGGAGUAUGUGGGGGCGAUAACUCUACCUGCACUGUUAUAGAAAAGACCGACAGUCAGCUACAAAAUAAUGGUGAACGUCGCACUAUUGCCUUGCUACCCAAGGGAGCUUUCAAUAUUCAGUUUUGGUUUUCAUAUGCAGCGAUGAAGAAGAACUUUUUAGAGGUUUACGACAUGAAGGGAAAGGUGAUUCUUGCUAGUAUGAUAGGCAGUUCAUGGAAAUGGGACACAAGAACAGAACCAGUUUUGUUUGGGGGUACUCAGUUGUAUUAUUUCUUCCAUGACCAGUUUCUUCACUUUAAAGGACCACUGAACGAAUCGUGCGAGAUCAAGUUAUUUCAGAAUGAUGUCAAUAACAACGUCGGUGUAAACUUUGCGUUUUCGGAACCAAAACCUGUGCAUUUUGAUUGCGAUUUUGAGGGAGGCACUUGUGGGUUGACAUUGACCAAUUUUACUCAGGAUACCUACAGUUCAACUAACAUAAUAGAUUCUUCACCGCCAACAAAAGGAUUUGGAAAUUCCUUCGUUUACAUUGCCAGUAAAUCUGUGGACGAGGAAGGAACAAUUCUAACAAGCACUGUUGCAGGAACCAGUCAAACACAGUGCUUAGCAUUUCACUAUUACAUUUCGGGAACAAACUCUAAUAUUACGUUGUCAUGGAAUAGCUCCUCCAGUGACGCUUUUUGGGAGAUAACGAAUCCCGAAUUCAACUCCUUCGUCUGUGUAUCCCUGAACAUAUCAACCUUAGAAGAAGACAAAAUUUUAAUCAAGGGAGUGACAAAAGCUAGCGAUAAAGGUUCCAUUCUUCUUGAUAACAUAAAGCUUUUCCCUAACUCUGGAGCAUUUUGCAACUCACAAGAAUCAUGUUCAAAAGACGUGAUCGUUACAACUACCCCAAAGUUAGAGGUCACGACCUCAGGGUCCCGCUCCACCACAGAGAUAACCAAGGGAAUAACAGAAUCGUAUUCAAAAGACAUGUAUGUUACAACUACCCCAAGGUUAGAGGUCACGACCUCAGGGUUUGUUACAACUACCCCAAGGUUAGAGGUCAUGACCUCGGGGUCCAGCUCCAUCACAGAGAUAACGAAGGGAAUAACAGAAUCGUAUUCAAAAGAUGUAUUUGUUUCAACUACCCCAAAGUUAGAGGUCACGACCUCAGGGUUUGUUACAACUACCCCAAGCUUUGGGGUCUUGGCCUCGGGGUCCGGCUCCAUCACAGAGAUAACCAAGGGAAUAACAGACAAGCGUAAUAUACUGCUGUUAGUUGGGAUCGCUUUGGGAUGUUUACUAUUGGUAAUGUUGGUUGUUAUCUUUGCAUGCUGUUAUCGUUAUUGGUGUAAUCCCGAGGAUACACGGGAUAAAUCAUUCAGAGUGUCCCGAAAUUUUAAUGGUUUUCCCAAACAGAGCAGCUGUAACUAUCUUACUCAACAUGAAGAUAUCAAGGUUUAUAUUGAGAAUCACCCGGAUUAUGACAUUGAAAAUCAUCCGGAUUAUGAUUGAUAUUCCAUAUUUAUAACAUUUAAUUCAUGAAAGCUAUUCUUGCGUGUUUGAGGAAGCAAUAGAGAGCGAGCAUCAACAUAUUGUUGUUUUGUGUGUUUGUACACUUGUUGUAGUGUUACGUCACUGCUUGUUACCCAUGUACUGGUAUGUACAGCCUUGUUGCUGAAGUAAAAGUUGUUUUCGUGUUUUUAUGAAGCUAUUAAUUGCUAGUAAAGUCACAUACAUGUAGCAAAAUUUUUAAUACGCUAAACUUAAAAGAUACUUAUCCCUGAUCACUGAUAAGCAGUGAGUAACAUUUUGUGAUUUUUAUCAGGUAAAACCAAAAAUAAUGUACCUCUGAUGUAUGUUUCUUCGCGCAGUAUUGUAUUUUGAUAUCAUUGUUAUUUUUGAAAUUACGAAAUGUUUCCUCAUACAUAUAUGACCAUGUCCAUCACCCUGUGGUGUCUGUACCAACUUAAUGAUGAAAGUCCAAUAAUCAUUUCUCAUUUUAAUAAAAUGAAUGAAGACCAUAUUAGAUGAAACAAUUUUAAUGUUUAGCUAACGGCAAAAGUUAUAUACAGCUGCUGUUAGACGUUGUGCCAUAUCUCAAACAUGAUUCGCUAGGUAUUUACGUAUACAGAUUCAUUAUAACUGAUGUAUGGUGAUGAAAUAAACUUUUGAUUAAUA